GUGUGUUGUUUCCUGGGUACCUUCUUUGAAUAAUAUUGAUAGAAGAAAUAAAAUGUUGGAAAGCCUCUGCUUCUCUCUGCAACUAUUAAAAAUAAAACUCCAUUCGAUUAAGAGUGGAACUUAGGUCUAACUGACAAGGUUCAAUAACGCUGAAGUCCAGAACGCCACUUUCUUUGGCUAGUCAGCCUGUGGUUUGGGGGAGCGACCAUGUCACCAUUUCUUCGAAUUGGUUUGUCCAACUUUGACUGUGGGUCCUGCCAGCCGUGCCAGGGGGAGGCCGUUAACCCUUACUGUGCUGUGCUUGUCAAAGAAUAUGUUGAAUCAGAGAAUGGGCAGAUGUACAUCCAGAAAAAGCCAACCAUGUACCCUCCCUGGGACAGCACUUUUGACGCCCAUAUCAACAAGGGAAGAGUAAUGCAGAUCAUCGUAAAGGGCAAAAAUGUGGACCUAAUAUCCGAAACAACUGUGGAGCUCUACUCCCUGGCCGAGAGAUGUAGGAAAAACAAUGGGAAGACAGAAAUAUGGGUAACGAGCCAAGCUUUAGAGCUGAAACCUCAAGGCCGAAUGCUAAUGAACGCAAGAUACUUUCUGGAAAUGAGUGACACAAAGGACAUGAGUGAAUUCGAGAACGAAGGCUUCUUUGCUCUGCAUCAGCGCCGAGGAGCCAUCAAACAGGCCAAAGUCCACCAUGUCAAGUGCCAUGAGUUCACGGCCACCUUUUUCCCACAACCCACGUUUUGCUCUGUCUGCCAUGAGUUUGUCUGGGGUCUGAACAAACAGGGCUACCAGUGUCGACAAUGUAAUGCAGCAAUUCACAAGAAGUGUAUCGAUAAAGUUAUAGCGAAGUGCACAGGAUCAGCUAUCAACAGCCGAGAAACCAUGUUCCACAAGGAGAGGUUCAAAAUCGACAUGCCGCACAGAUUUAAGGUCUACAAUUACAAGAGCCCCACCUUCUGUGAGCACUGUGGGACCCUGCUCUGGGGCCUGGCGAGGCAAGGCCUCAAGUGUGACGCCUGCAGCAUGAACGUGCAUCACAGAUGCCAGAGAAAGGUCGCCAACCUUUGUGGCAUAAACCAGAAGCUAAUGGCUGAAGCACUGGCAAUGAUCGAGAGCACUCAACAGGCUCGCUGCUUAAGAGACUCUGAACACAUCUUCAGAGAAGGUCCAGUUGAAAUUGGUCUCCCGUGCUCCAUAAAAGGUGAAGCAAAGCUGCCGUAUGGACCAGCACCAGGGAGAAAAGAGCCUCAGGGGAUCUCCUGGGAGUCUCCCUUGGAUGAGAUGGAGAAAGUAGGCCAUCGUCCAGAACCUGAACUUAACGUAGAAAGACCAUCUCUACAUAUGAAAUUAAAAAUCGAGGAUUUUACCUUGCACAAAAUGUUGGGGAAAGGAAGUUUUGGCAAGGUCUUCCUAGCAGAGUUCAAGAAAACCAAUCAAUUUUUCGCAAUAAAAGCCUUAAAGAAAGAUGUGGUUUUGAUGGACGACGAUGUGGAGUGUACAAUGGUAGAGAAGAGAGUUCUCUCCUUGGCCUGGGAGCAUCCGUUCUUAACGCACAUGUUCUGUACGUUCCAGACCAAGGAAAACCUCUUUUUUGUGAUGGAGUAUCUCAACGGAGGAGACUUAAUGUACCACAUCCAGAGCUGCCACAAGUUCGAUCUUUGCAGAGCCACGUUCUACGCUGCCGAAAUCAUUCUCGGUCUGCAGUUCCUUCAUGCCAAAGGAAUAGUCUACAGGGACCUGAAGCUCGAUAACAUCCUUUUAGACAAAGACGGACACAUCAAAAUAGCGGACUUUGGGAUGUGCAAGGAGAACGUGCUGGGGGACGCCAGGACCAACACCUUCUGCGGGACCCCCGACUACAUCGCCCCGGAGAUCCUGCUGGGUCAGAAGUACAACCAUUCUGUGGACUGGUGGUCCUUUGGCGUCCUUCUCUAUGAGAUGCUAAUAGGUCAGUCACCUUUCCAUGGGCAAGAUGAAGAGGAACUCUUCCACUCCAUCCGCAUGGACAACCCCUUUUACCCACGAUGGCUCGAGAAGGAGGCUAAGGACCUUUUAGUGAAGCUCUUCGUAAGAGAACCCGAAAAGCGCUUGGGGGUGAGGGGAGACAUCCGCCAGCACCCCUUGUUUCGGGAGAUCAAUUGGGAAGAGCUGGAAAGGAAGGAGAUUGACCCUCCGUUCAGGCCUAAGGUGAAAUCACCGUACGACUGCAGCAAUUUCGACAAAGAAUUCUUGAAUGAGAAGCCCCGGCUGUCCUUUGCAGACAGAGCGCUGAUCAACAGCAUGGACCAGAACAUGUUCCGGAACUUUUCCUUCGUGAAUCCAGGGAUGGAGAAGCUGAUAUCCUGAACUCGCCUCUCCAGACACACGAAGGGAUUUGCCUGCUCUCUGUGAACUGGUUCAAGGGACACUUCUUGGGUUCCUUUUCAACUUGGAAAAGAAAAGAAAACACUCAACAAUAAAGGCUGAGCCCUUUGAGCUCCUCACCGACUUUGCAUCUGUAGCAGAAACCAGCUCUGCUUCACUAAUGACGAUGCCCUUUGGAUUCUCCCCUGUUGUCUCUCGCAGCCACUCUUGAAAUUAGGUCCUUCCUCACUGCAGUUAUUUACUUGAAGAUGGUUCUCUGCACUGACUGCGAAAGAUUUGAAAACUUAAUUCCACUCUAAGUUAUGGCUCUUCACCUAGGCACCAACUGCUGAUCAGUGACAUACGUGUUGACUCAGGGAGCAGAGUCCAGACUUCUCAAGACUGAAACUGUGCGUUGCCUGGCGUAGCACUGGCAUCCGCUCGGCCGCGGACAAGUAACCACUAACCCAUUUUAUCCUGUUCACACAUGGGCGGGUGUAAAGGGUAGGGGGUAGGGGAAGCCCUGAAUAGGUUCUUAUGGGAAUUCUUCGUGAUAAACCUAGCUUGUAACUUGAGAUUUACAAAUUCAUUCAUUCUGAUUUAUCCAUGAAAUUCAUGGGCAAGAGGAAAGUGGGGAGAGUUCGUGUCAUCCAUGUGCAAUGUUUACUAGACCCCUGCUCUGGUUAUCUUGUCAACGUAGAAAUUAAAUUUAGAGUCCAAUAAAGAUAGAGUCAUUUUACUCCUGCCAAUAAAACCUUUCCAUCCAUCCAUUCUCAGUUGAUUCAGUAUCAGUGGCAGUUUCUCAUUACCAUCCUCACAUUAGAACAGCAAAAAAAAAAAAAAAAACGAAGUGCGUAAUUCUUCUAGAGAAAAGAUAACCCAUCCCUUUAUUAUACCAUUACUGAUGAUUUGAUGACUCCUAAGUCUCUUGAGAGAGACAUCCUUCAAGAUAAAGACCCAUGCAUGCUAUUUGCAGCAAUCUUAUUUAAUAAGAAUUCUAGCUAUCCGUGUUUAAAAUAUCUGUGCUGUGUGUAUAUUUUGAUAAAAUGUUGUGACUUAAUGACAAAGAGGUGGAUAUGUAAAAAUGGAAUAAAAAAAAGAAAGAAA